CAUGUCAUUGUUGGAGAGGAGAGGUGGAAGGAGUGAACAAAGAGGUGGGGAGCUGGGUCUGAGGGCAGAAGAGAUGCUGGAGGUGUUGGCAGAGAGCUCUGGGCAGGGCUGUGCAGCUGCAAACCCCUCUGUUUUCAGCUGGGGCUGGUUUGGUGCAGACCCUCCUGGAGCAGUGGGGUGGGGGGACCCCUCCAGCUUCAGGGUGGAGCAGCAGCAGGUGCCACCUCUGCUUCCCUUUGCAGAGUUCUCACCCACGCACGUCAGCGAAGGACCGACCACCAGGACCCUCACGGCCUCGGUACAGGACGGGGAAAGUGACGGCAGCAUCCGCCUGGUGAGCGGCCCCGACACCUGCCAGGGCCGGGUGGAGAUCUUCUACCGCGGGAACUGGGGCACCGUCUGCGAUGAUGACUGGGGCCUGAGCGACGCCAGCGUGGUCUGCAAGCAGCUGGGCUGUGGGCAAGCCCUGGAUUACAAGAGCAAUGCCUACUUUGGCUAUGGAACAGGACGUAUCCUCCUGGACAACGUCAACUGCGACGGCAGCGAGCCCUUCCUGUCUGCCUGCUACAGCCUCGGCUGGGGCAUCCAUAACUGCGGCCACCACGAGGAUGCUGGGGUCAUCUGCACAGGGCUGGACACAUCCACCAUCACAUCAUUCACCACCUCGGUAGCCCUGGACUCCGAGGAGACGCUCACAGCCACGGCCACAGCAGUGACAGACAGCAGGGACCAGCCCUCCCAGGCCACCGAGGUGGUCACCACCACGCUCCCGACCAUGGAGCAGGAAAGUGGCGGCUUGCGGCUGGCGAACGGGAACGGGAGCUGCCGCGGGCGGGUGGAGGUGCGGCACCGCGGCACCUGGGGCACCGUCUGCGACGACGACUGGGACUUCCCCGACGCCCAGGUGGUUUGCCGGCAGCUGGGCUGCGGCACCGCCCUCGCCGCCACCGUGCUCGGCUCCUUCGGCUACGGCAGCGGGCCCGUGCUGCUGGAUAACGUGGGAUGCGGCGGCGGCGAGGCGCGCCUGGCCGACUGCUUCCACCUGGGAUGGGGACAGCACAACUGCGGCCACCACGAGGACGCCGGGGUCAUCUGCCGAGGUGCUGAUGACGCUGAAGACCAUUUCCAAGAAGCCACUGCUACAACCACCACCUUGGCCCUGACUCGUCCCAAGGAGGGGUCCCUGCGCCUGGUGAACGGCAGCCACCGCUGCGAGGGGCGCGUGGAGAUGUUCUACCUGUCCCAGUGGGGCACGGUGUGCGACGACGCCUGGGACCUGCGGGACGCCAGGGUGGUGUGCAGGCAGCUGGGCUGUGGCCACGCCGUGGCAGCCUGGGGGGAGGCACGCUACGGCCAAGGCACCGGCUACAUCUUCCUCGACAACCUCAAGUGCAAGGGCCACGAGCCCUCGCUGCUGCGCUGCUCCCACAUCCGCUGGGACGUGCACAACUGCGACCACUCCGAGGAUGCCGGUGCUGUCUGUGACAUCCUAUGACCCUCCCGCAGCUCAGGUGGAAAGACCCAGCCUGCAGCUCCAGUCACCUUCACCACCAAGUGUUUGAUUCCUACUGGGACACUGGGAAAAUGAUCUCCGUGUUCUCAUGGAUGGGGUUCAAGGGUGGGGAGGGGCUCCUGCAGUGGCACAAAACUCACUCCUCUGUGCAAUUCUUUUGUUGAUAAGGGACUGUGCAUAUUCCUGGGUUGGGUUUUUUUUGGUUUUCACUUUUUUUUUUCUUAUAUGUGUUUGGGUUUGUUUUUGUGAAUAUAUAAAAGCCCUUUGA